AGCGGGCCUCCCAGGGCGGAGGCCGGAGGGCUACCAGCGGACAGCGGAAUGGGCAGCAGCCCGGAAUGGCCAACCUCGUGGGAAGAUGACGGGGUGGCGGCAAGGACGAGGGGAAAGUCGGCGCAGACCGAGAGUACAGUUCAGGACCCCGGUGGCCGCUAGGGCGGUGAAGGCGGGCGUGGAGGUCGCCGAGGGCCUUUUCCUGGCACCGAGAGCCAAGAGGAGCGGAGGCCGCACGCGGUCACCGGAGCGUCUUCAGGAUGCUCGUCAAGGAGUACCACAUCCUGCUGCCCAUGAGCCUGGAGGAGUACCAGGUGGCCCAGCUCUACAUGAUCCAGAAAAAGAGCCGGGAGGAGUCGAGUGGCGAGGGCAGCGGUGUGGAGAUCCUGGCCAACCGGCCCUACACAGACGGGCCUGGAGGCAGCGGGCAGUACACACACAAGGUGUACCACGUGGGAUCCCAUAUCCCAGGCUGGUUCCGGGCACUGUUGCCCAAGGCUGCUCUGCAGGUAGAAGAGGAAUCCUGGAAUGCUUAUCCCUACACCCGAACACGGUACACCUGCCCCUUUGUGGAGAAAUUCUCCAUUGAGAUAGAGACCUACUACCUGCCUGAUGGCGGCCAGCAGCCUAACGUCUUCAACCUGAGCGGGGCUGAGAGAAGGCAGAGGAUCCUGGACACCAUCGACAUCGUGCGGGAUGCAGUGGCCCCCGGAGAGUACAAAGCAGAAGAGGACCCUCGGCUGUACCGCUCCGUCAAAACAGGCCGAGGGCCACUGGCAGAUGACUGGGCGCGGACAGCAGCCCAGACAGGACCUCUCAUGUGUGCCUAUAAGCUGUGCAAGGUCGAGUUCCGCUACUGGGGCAUGCAGGCCAAGAUUGAGCAGUUCAUCCAUGAUGUCGGUCUGCGCAGGGUGAUGCUUCGGGCCCAUCGCCAGGCCUGGUGUUGGCAGGAUGAGUGGGUAGAACUGAGCAUGGCUGACAUCCGGGCGCUGGAGGAGGAGACCGCACGCAUGCUGGCUCAGCGCAUGGCCAAGUGCAACGCUGGCAGUGAGGGUCCUGAGGUCCAGACCCCUGGGAAAACCAGCACUGAGGCCCGGCCUGGGACCAGCAGUACUGGCACCCCUGAUGGGCCUGAGGCGCCUCCUGGUCCCGACGCCUCACCAGAUGCCAGCUUUGGGAAGCAGUGGUCCUCAUCCUCCCGUUCUUCCUACUCAUCCCAGCAUGGAGGUGGCGUGUCCCCACAGAGCUUGUCUGAGUGGCGCAUGCAGAACAUAGCCCGAGACUCUGAGAACAGCUCCGAGGAAGAAUUCUUUGAUGCCCACGAAGGUUUCUCAGACAGCGAUGAAGUCUUCCCCAAGGAGAUGACCAAGUGGAACUCCAAUGACUUUAUCGAUGCCUUUGCCUCCCCAACCGAGGUGGAAGGGGUGCCAGAUCCUGCAGUCAUGGCUACCAAAGGCAUUGAAGAUGGGGCCCGAGCUCCCAGGGACUCAGAGGGCCUGGAUGGAGCGGGGGACCUAGGGGUUGAGGCGUGCUCCGUGCAUGCCCUCUUCCUCAUCCUGCACAGCGGCAGCAUCCUGGACUCCGGCCCUGGAGACACCAGCUCCAAGCAGGCUGAUGUGCAAACGCUGAGCACAGCCUUUGAGGCUGUCACCCGGGUCCAUUUCCCCGAGGCCCUGGGCCACGUGGCGCUGCGGCUGGUGCCCUGUCCACCCAUCUGCGCGGCUGCCUAUGCCCUUGUCUCCAACCUGAGCCCGUACAGUCAUGAUGGUGACAGCCUGUCCCGCUCCCAGGACCACAUCCCGCUGGCUGCCCUGCCACUGCUGGCCACCUCAUCCUCCCGGUACCAGGGUGCUGUAGCCACUGUCAUCGCUCGCACCAACCAGGCCUAUGCAGCUUUCCUGCGCUCACCGGAGGGCACGGGUUUCUGCGGGCAGGUGGUGCUGAUCGGAGAUGGCGUUGGUGGCAUCCUGGGCUUUGAUGCGCUCUGCCACAGUGCCAGUGCGGGCACAGGGAGUCGGGGCAGCAGCCGCCGUGGGAGCAUGAACAAUGAGAUGCUCUCCCCAGAGGUGGGUCCAGUACGGGACCCGCUGGCAGACGGGGUGGAAGUACUGGGUCGUGCCAGCCCAGAACCCUCAGCUCUACCUGCUCAGCGUACCUCCGGUGACACGGCCAAUCCUGAGCCUGAUGGCUCUCAGAACAGCCUGCAGGUAGCUUCUGCGGCCACGUCCUCUGGAGAGCCCCGUCGGGCAAGCACAGCCUCCUGUCCACCUGCCAGUUCUGAGGCUGCUGAGGCCCCCACCAAUACUGCUCGCCUGGACUUCAAGGUCUCAGGCUUCUUCCUCUUCGGCUCCCCACUGGGUCUGGUGCUGGCUCUACGCAAAACCGUGAUGCCCGCCUUGGAGGUGGCUCAGAUGCGUCCAGCCUGCGAGCAGAUCUACAACCUCUUCCAUGCCGCUGACCCCUGUGCCUCCCGCCUGGAGCCCCUGCUGGCCCCCAAGUUCCAGGCCAUCGCCCCCCUGGCUGUGCCUCGUUACCAGAAGUUUCCCCUCGGAGAUGGCUCCUCCCUGCUGCUGGCUGACACUUUGCAGACCCACUCGGGCCUCUUUCUGGAAGAGCUGGAGAUGAUGGUGCCCUCCACGCCCACCUCGGCCAGCGGUGCCUUCUGGAAGGGCAGUGAAUUAAGCAAUGAGCCAGCAGCCCAGCCAGCAGCCCCCAGCACCACCAGCGAGGUGGUUAAGAUCCUGGAACGCUGGUGGGGAACCAGGCGGAUCGACUAUUCACUGUACUGCCCCGAGGCUCUCACCGCCUUUCCCACGGUCACGCUGCCCCACCUCUUCCACGCCAGCUACUGGGAGUCAGCCGAUGUAGUGGCCUUCAUUCUGCGCCAGGUCAUUGAGAAGGAGCAGCCGCAGCUGACGGAGUGUGAGGAGCCGUCCAUCUACAGCCCUGCCUUCCCCAGGGAGAAGUGGCAGCGCAAACGCACACAGGUCAAGAUCCGGAAUGUCACUUCCAACCAUCGGGCAAGUGACACCGUGGUAUGUGAGGGCCGUCCCCAGGUGCUGAAUGGGCGCUUCAUGUAUGGACCAUUGGAUGUGGUUACACUCACUGGAGAGAAGGUGGAUGUCUACGUCAUGACACAGCCACUGUCAGGCAAGUGGAUCCACUUUGGCACAGAGGUCACUAACAGCUCAGGCCGCCUCACCUUCCCGGUGCCUUCAGAACGUGCGCUGGGCAUUGGUGUCUACCCCAUACGCAUGGUGGUCAGGGGUGACCACACCUAUGCUGAGUGCUGUCUGACUGUGGUGGCCCGAGGCACAGAGGCUGUGGUCUUCAGCAUCGACGGCUCUUUCACGGCCAGUGUCUCUAUCAUGGGCAGCGACCCUAAGGUGCGCGCUGGCGCUGUGGACGUGGUCAGGCACUGGCAGGACUCAGGCUACUUGAUUGUGUACGUAACGGGCCGGCCUGACAUGCAGAAGCACCGGGUGGUAGCCUGGCUGUCGCAACACAACUUCCCCCACGGUGUCGUCUCCUUCUGUGACGGCCUCACCCAUGACCCACUGCGGCAGAAAGCGAUGUUUCUGCAGAGCCUGGUGCAAGAGGUAGAACUGAAUAUUGUGGCUGGAUAUGGGUCACCAAAAGAUGUUGCAGUGUACGCUGCCCUGGGACUGUCUCCAAGCCAGACCUACAUUGUUGGCCGCGCUGUGCGGAAGCUGCAGGCGCAGUGUCAGUUCCUGUCAGAUGGCUAUGUGGCACACUUGGGCCAGUUGGAGGCAGGCUCCCAUUCCCAUGCCCCCUCAGGACCUCCGAGAGCUGCUCUGGCCAAGAGCAGCUAUGCUGUGACUGCCCCUGUGGACUUCCUCCGUAAGCAGAGCCAGCUGCUUCGCUCCCGAGGCCCCAGCCAGGUGGACCGUGAGGGUCCAGGGACACCUCCCACCACCCUGGCCAGGGGCAAGACUCGAAGCAUCAGCCUCAAGCUGGACAGUGAAGAGUGAGCGAACUGUGGCUGGACCUGGGUUAUUUAUUGAUACUCAAGGGGCUUUGGUGACUGUGAGGGAGACUGGGGCCUAGACUUUUGGCCCUAGCCCUGCACUCACAACCUGUGUGGUUACUCCUCAGUAUUACGUCCCUUUGUGGGGGGUGGGGGGACCAUAGCCCCCAGGGGAGAAAGGAGGGAGUAGGCUAGGGCCCAGCAGCUUUUCCAGUGUGUGAACCUAUAAAAAUAAACAACUGCAC